AUGGGAAAUUACUGCAGAAAAAACAGAGCGAAGGAACCUAAAAGAAGAGACAUAGAUGAAUUAGCCGAGCGCGAAAAAUUGCAAAACGAAGUUGAAGAACUGCCAGAGCAAAUUCCAGAAGAUAUAGAAGAAGAACUUCAAGAUCAGCCAGAAGAGCCUCCAGAACAGGAAGAGGAAAAUGAAGAGGUCAUAGAUUAUCCUAUACAAGAAAAUAAAUCCUUUGAUGAAAAUAAUCUGGACGAUUUAGACAGGUCAAAUUCGGACAUAUAUUCAGAAUCGCACAAGUACGAUAACAGCAGCGACAAAUUGGAAACGGGCUCUCAGAUAACUCUCUCAACGGACGCAACCGGCAUCGUGCAACAAGUUACGAAGCUGAGUGAGCCUGCCCAUGAAGAAAGUAUAUACAACACGUACAAGUCAGUCACCCCUUGUGACAUGAAUAAACUGGACGAGACAGCAAAAGUGUUUUCAAGACGAUGUGGAUGUGACCUUGGGGAGCGCCACGACGAAAAUGCCUGCAAAAUAUGUAGAAAAAUCGACCUGUCCGACACGCCCCUACUCAGUUGA